ACUUUACACCAGCGAAAAUUCAUACUAGGCCUACUGCAGUUUCUCAGCUAACGGUGAACUAUAUUUUUUUGAGGAAUAGGACAUGUUUCAUCGUAUAUUUGGUAUUAAGAUAUGACUGACUUGACAGAUGUAAGGAAACAAGAAAAAUCUCAGAUGAUGUUACCCAGAGAUCAUGCAAAGGACAUACUCCUACUUGGACUAUAAACAGAAACCCUCUGAUCAGUCACAAUCUCUCAUACUUUAUAUUGACUUGUGAUCAGAUAUAAAAGGUUUUCUUUCUCCUGUUUGAGCUGAAGAUAAGGAAGGGAGGGGUUCAGCAUGGACUCCAUCCCAGAGGUCAUACCGAUGAGGAGUUAUAAUUUUAGGAAGGCCAAACUGAACUCAUCUGUGGCUUGGCUCCUUAGCAAGGCUUACAGUGAUAGAGAAGAACCACCUGCAGAUCUUCUUGAUCCACUUUAUCAAGACAAUGGUGAAGACCAUGUCAAACCAUCGGUCAUCUACCAACUUGCAUCAGGAGAGCUGUACAGUCGAGUGUGUUCCAAUAUCUUUCCUCCUACCAUCCAUCCUUGGGAUGGACAUGUAGCCAUCAUCCAAGGUUUCUCCAGGAGAGGAAUCCAUGUGGUGGAUGAUCGGAACCAGCCAGUCACGGAAUCUAUACUCUCACAGACUCAAAAAAUUAAACUGUGUGAAUCAUUACCACGUGCAUUUAAGUUAUUGAAUGCCCAUGUAGCAAUGAUGGAUGCAAUUAUGAAGGCUUAUGUGAAUGAGACGAUAUCUGUUGAAAACGUUGUACAAGCUGUCAGGAAAUUCACAACAUUCAAUGCUUCGAGUGAGUUGCCCUUUGACCUGGAGGAUGCACUUCGGUUCUGGAUCAACAAGGUUUGUUUGGCUGUAGAACACCAGGUAGAGAGAGAUAGAAAGACACAUCAGGCAAACAUCAUGCAAUCAGCAGCACCAGCUAUUCGAGUGAAGAGGGAUCAGGUGCAACCGAAGGAGAUGCUACACUUCCCCAAGAUGAAUGACAUGAUGAAGGAUCUAUCAGAUGGAUGUUGCUUAGCAACCAUUAUUCAUCAUUACUACCCUCAUCUUCUAUCAUUGGAAGAUGUGGCUCUGCAUGAGUCAAUGUCGUUUGCUGAUUCGCUGCACAACCUACAGGUGGUGACGUCUUUCUUCCAGCGUAACCUACCCCAUCUCCUUCACUUCACAUUGGAAGAUCUACUCUACUGCCAUGAAUCCAUGAAAUACAACAUUGUGGCGUUGGUCGCUGAGAUGUUCUGGUGCUUUGAGGUGGAGAAACCCAGCCAUCUAGAAGCGAAUCAAGUUGCUCAGACCUUUUGGUGUUUCCAGGCCAAACCGGCUGGCCUUGCUGGCUUAGGAGGGAUUCAGUCAUCUGCGUUUACACAGAUGAACACACCACUGAACAUGGCAGCAAGGCCUCCUAUCCCUAUCAGUGAUGCAACAAAGAGAAGCUUUCAUGCCCCGUCGCCCAAGGCGGAAAUGCAGAGCGUCGAUCUCACCAAAGUUCCUUCGAGUCCAAAUUCCCAGAGGAGGCUGUUGAACCGGCAGCAGCAAGAGAGAAGUUCCAUCUUUGGUGAUACACCUGGCGAUGAGAACACUCCACCAAGUGAAUACCAGAAUAGAUCCCUUCAACGCUCAAUAUCCAGGGAGCAGCAGAAACAGCAUCCAGGAUCACAGUCAAUCCUGGCUUGGGAGGAGAAAGAAAAGGAAGAAAGAAGGACUCCAGAUACAGCAACAUUCACGAGGCCGAGAAGAUUACAGGAAUCUCCUACAGUGAACAUGCAGUCUAGCCGGGCUGGGAGUCUCCUUGCCAACGUUAGCAUCGACAGCGAGAUGAACGAGAGUCAAGACUUCUCCGGUCUGGACAUUGAGAUCAACCCCCUCCCAGAAAGAAUGGGUUCCCCAAAUACCCAGGGACAGCAGCAUAGUGAGGACAGGUUAAUGACAUUGACCCAUCAACGACCUGUUACCCAGGAGGGCCAGUUGGAAAGCGAGGACUUGGAAGUUGAAAGCUUGACAUCAUCAAGGAUGUCUCGGCAGCAAGGAGGUUUUGGCGAAACCAAGGAGUCAUUCAACCCGAUGCUCACCCACAGAACUGAUCCUGUGAUGAAUGGUGUUGAUGGAAGUCAGGGUGCAACAUCCAGUCCAGGAACUUUUAGAGGUAGUCAGAGAGAACAUUUAGACAGUGCUAUGAGCCCAGCAUCAGAAGCUGGCAGUGUGGAUUCUUCAAUAUCUAGGAAGAACCUGAAGCUGGAUGUCCAUCCUGUUGAUAUUCUAGGUUCUCCCCGUGGUCCAACCAACGAGUUCAUGCCUGCUGUAGUACGACCGUUAAAAGAGAAAUCGCAUCAGGUCAGAAAGACAGAUGAAAGGGGAGAUCAUUUGAGGCAUCGUAAUAAGCACAGAUCAGGUGAUACUAGAAUGACUGCUGCUCACCAACAAUAUCCUGACCAGGGAAGUGAUUCCUCAGAGAGUGUGGAUGCAACAACACCCCUGAGUGGAGAGAGUAUUGCAGAUUCCCUUGCAGGGGAUCUUGCUCUGCAACGGGCUCGUAUUGCAAGAGGAGUUGGGCCAGGUGGCUUUAUGUUGGCUCCUGCUUCUCAGAGUAACCAACCUCAAAUGGCUAAAGGUAAACAUGGUGAGGCUUUCUUCAUCAGUGGGAGUGAACAACCGCUUCAGGAUGAUGGUCACCACAGUUUUAAUGCCCCCACAGGAGCUAAGAGUUUCACUAUAUCUGAAGGAGCCAUGACGGUGGAUGAUGCAAAAGAGGCUGGUAUCCCAGUAGUAUCGGCAUCCAGAUCUAUGCAAGGUCUGAGUGAGCAAGGUUUCCGCAUGAGACCAGGUGGAAUGACCAGCAGUCAAUCUGACCAAGAAAUCUACCAGCCACGUCCUCAACAUUCCCACUCCUUCCAGAACCCAGUCUCUUCAGCCGCUGCACCGUCAUCCUUGCCAUAUUCCAUGCAUGAUUCAUAUUCCAACCCUCAUAAUCCUCACCAAUAUCAACCUAAUCCACAAUUCAAUCCUCAGUCCUCUAACCCCCAGCAUGCUAAUCCUCACCACGGUAAUCCCCACCAUGGUAAUCCUCAUUCCAAUCCCCAUGGAAAUCCUCACCAUGAUUUUCGCACUCACUCCCCGCACCACCACAUUUCUCAACCUAACCCGUACGACCAACAGAUCGACCCUGAGGCCUAUGCUCACGAUCAACAUGGUGUCUCUACUUGGGGACACCAUCAGAAGCAACAACAGCAACAGUUUCAUCCUCACUCUACUAAUCCAGGUAUGUCACAAUCCUUUACUAAUCAUUCUAGCACCCCUGCUAAUCAUCAAGACGUAGAGUCGCCCAAGCUGACUGCGGAAACGGUACAGUCUGAACAUCAGGAUAAAAGACCUGUAGUCAUGGAUUUCUCUCAUAACCUCAGCCCUGUCCAGAAAGAAAAUGGAUAUUGUCCUAGUGGUGAGAAAAAUACCCCUGUCACUAUGUCGCAUAGUGGUGCCAUACUAACACAAGACCAUAUUAACCAUCCCAGUCCUGUUCAUUCACAUCCAACUAUAGAUCAACUGUCUGGUUCAGAAAGACCUUCCAAUAUGGAACAUCAUAAUUCAGUAGAACAGAAUAGAAAUAGUUAUACUAAUCCUCACACAUUUGCAGCAGAUGUAGAGAACUUCCAUUCUAACCAAUCUGCUUUCAGGGAGCCUGCUAACCAUUCUAUGACCACAUGGUCUGCCAAACCCAAACAAUCACCUAAUACUGAAUUUCCCACCACUUCCACUUUUUCUGUAACACCAACUAACACAGGUGCAGCAGGCAAUGGAUAUCACAUCAGUUCUGGAGAAACAACAAAGGCUGGAGAUGGGAGCGUUUCAUCAUCUGAAUUGACUCACAUAAGGCUCAGGCUGGAGGAGAAAAGGAGAUUGAUGGACUAUGAAAGGCACAAGCUCGAACGCCAGUGGAAUAAGCAAAGGCAACGGGUUGGCAAGGCUGCAUUCCUGCAGGUGUUGGCAAAUAAAAAGCAGGAGAAAGAAGGAAAUGGCGAAGGUUACUCAAGAUCAGAACAUCAGAGGAACAUAGAAAAUGCUCGCCCACCACAAGGAUUGACCACUUUUGCAGCCCUUAGUGCCAAUCGUGAGAAGACAUCUCAGGUGUCACAAGAGCCUCCUGUAUCAGAACAAGAACAAUACCAGCACCCUAUCCAGGAUAAGCAGUUGACACAAGCGUAUUUUCUUGCACAGCAGAACCAAAUGUCCCAACAAACAGCCCAGAAAACCCCUCGUAACCAACAGCCACCACCAGAGCAUCGUGCUCAGCAGCCCAGCCCAAGUCACCUCAAUCAGGUUCAAAUGGCUGAAGGUGGACGAAGGUCCAAUGAGAGUCCAAGAUCAGGAAGGGACUCGGAGAGCCCACGUAUGAGGUCAGAGUCACCGGGUCCCAGGAGAACUGAGAGUCCAGGAUCCAGUUCUGGGUCCCAUUCGCCGCAUCUUACCCAAGAGGAGUACAACACUUCUCUAGAAAAAUUAAAUGCUAAUCUUUCCCAACUCCAAAAUCAAAUUCUGAGGUUAUCCUUGCAGCAAGAAGAGUUUAAGAAGGGUAUGAAUGAAUCUCCAAGGCAGGUACAGGAAUCACCAAGGCAGGUGGCACAAGGAGAUUUUGGUGACCAGCGAGAUAGUCCAGAGCACCGAGAUGUCCAUAGACCCCCAUCCCAUCCUCAGCAAGAUUCAACUGGUCAAAUGACUGGAUUCUACAUUGAAAGUGGGGAUCAGAAGCUUUCAGAACAAGAUUCCUAUGUACUUGAAGAAAACCCUGCUUUCAAUAUACCCCAGGGGCAGGGAAUCAGUCCCCAAGAAAUGCAGCAUAUUCAGCAAUCACCCCAAGGAUUCUCAUUAUUACCACAUAACCAACCAAUUGACAAUUUUAAUGAAAAGCAAACAGUGAAUGCACAGAGAUUAUCAGACGUCACUUACAUAAAAUCUGAAAUGAACGAUAACAAAUAUAUUAUUCCAGACAAUCUUGAACAUGAUGCUGUUGUUGCCAAUGCCCAAAUAGAAAGAACAUUCAGUGGGCAGAAUCUGAAUAUAGACAAUGAGAAUCAAUCACAACUCAAGCAAAUGCCAACUGAAGAAGUUCAUUCACCUCCUGCGAAUCAGAGGAAAGGGCAGCCUGUCAUGGCUUUUGACAUUGAUAUGGGUUCUCCAAAGCAACCACGAGCACCUCCUGCAAACCAGAGAAAGAAGGAAGCAACGCCAAAGAAAGUUCAGGAGAAGAAAUCAUCGCCUCCUAGGACACCCGUCAAGAAGCAGGCUCCACCGUCGGUUUAUGAAAUUGUAGGUGAAGGAGAAGAAGAUGUUCCUGUUCCAAGUGAUAUGGUAGUGCGCCCUCUAGAGCAGUUGAAUGCAAGUAAGGAUGAUGAUUCUGCAGAUACAAGUGGGAUGGCUGCAGGAUUUAUCAUUGGAGAAGAUGACAAGGCUCAAGAUGAGUUAGCAAAGAGGAAAGAGAUGUUCUUAAAGGCUCGUCUGAAGAGAGAAGAGGAAGCUAAGAUCAAGAAGGCAUCAAGAGAGGCUGAAGCUGAGAGAAAGAGAGAAGAACUUAGGAAAAAGCAAGAGGAAGCAGAGAUGAAAAAGGCAGAGCAAGCAGCCAGAAGAGAGCAGAUAAGAUUAGAAUACCAGAGAAAGAAACAGGCAGAGUUGGAUCCUGACAGUGCACCCCCACCCCCAAGAAAGCAGAAGUCAUCCCGACCCCGCCCUAAGUCGCAGAUGGUUACUUCAGACAAGGGACCAAGCCAUAGCCAUGGUUAUACUGCCCUGGACAGUGCCUCAGAUAUCGCACUCAGUGUUCAGAAGAAGUCUUAUACCAUAGAGUCAUCGUCCGAAGGGGAGAUAGCAGGUGCCGUUACAGGUGCCGCAGCAGGUGCGGCAGCGGCCCAGGGCUCUGAGAAUCAAACAAGUGCUUCAGCUCCUUCCACUCAAGGAGAAACACCCCACCCUCCACCCCAGGGGUCUGCUGCUGCCCCUCCCCAAUCCUCAGCCACACCUCAAUCUGCAUCUCAAGCAGCAGACCAAGGAACCAAAAAGUCCCCCUCCUCUUCUGGAAAACCAAUGCCAGAGGCUGCUAAGCGCAGACCCCCUUCCCCGAGACCAAGAUCUAACACCCUCCCCGGUAGUCUCCGAUCCCCAGAGAAAACAAGUCCUCAAAAUGCCCCUCAGAUACAAGCCCCUGAAUCAGGGGCGAGCGUGAUGUCCCCACAAGAGGGAGCUGUUGCCAAUGUUUCUCCAAGUGUCGCAUCCCAGGAGAGCAGCGGGUCCGGUGGAAGUCAGGCGGCUGAUUAUUCUGGUCCCAAGCUGUUUGUGAAACCAACCAGUAAGUCCAAUCGUCACAUCAUCAUCAAUGCUAUCUCUCACUGUAUCCUGGCAGGUGUCGUCAAUGAGAAAACCAAAGAUAAAGUUCUUCAGGAAAUUGCCAAGUCAGACCAGAAGCACUUCAUGAUCUUGUUCAGAGAUCACAGUCUUCAGUUCCGGUCACUCUAUGGCUUUACCCCAGAGUCAGAGGAACUGACCAAGGUCUACGGCACUGGUCCUAGACAUAUCACCAACAAGAUGACUGAAGCUCUCUACAAGUACAACUCCGGUGGGAAACACUUUGCCAAGGUUCCUUCCAAGUCCUUAUCAGUGCAGAUCGAUGGUAUCACAAUCAACAGUGCCUUCUGGCAGUCCAAGAGACCAGUCUCCACCAAAAAACACUGAUAGUACAGGUCAAGGGUUCAGAGGUCACCAAACAGUCAAGUCCUGUUGGAAUCAUAUAACCUUAUAGAGAUUGAGGUUGGCACGGUAUUAUUCAAACUGUGAUCUAUGAAUAAUUUCAUUUAAUAUUCAUGAAGUAAGGGGUCAUGUGGUCUUAAGUCGAUUCCUCCCAUUACCCCUUUACCAAUAUGUCAUCAACUUUCAUCAACAGUUUCUAUACAGCUGUUAUAUUCAACUUGAUGUUUUGAUUAUUUUCCAAAUGACAACACAGCGUUCAACAUCGUACUUGAAACCACUGAAGGCAUGUUUGUUUAUAAGCACUGCGAACGUUUUGCCCCUAAGCUUGUCUGUGUUGCAAUGCUUGAAAAACAAUAUAUGGGGACUAAACAUGCUGAGAGUGUAGGCUGUUUUAUAGGCAUUAUUGGUGACACUUUCUUUACAUAAGUUAUGGAAAACUUGUCUGUAUUUAUGAUGCAGAAUUUUUAUGAGAUGCUAUAACCCAUGUGCAAUGAAAUGUGUUCAAUAUGAACACAUCAACGACUGUAGUGAACACAUCUACUGUAGCGUGUAUAUAAAUAUGUAUAUCUCUCUUUCUCUAUGGUGAAAUAUUCCAAGCUUUUCCUAUUUAUUACACACAGCAUAUUCAUUGAGUACACAUACCUUUGUGUUUAUGUUACUACUUAAAAAGGAAUCGUUACAAGAUAUUGUGAGAUGUAAUGUUUACUAUAAUGUCAUGGAGGAGUAUAUAGCCAAUGUUUCUGUUUUUAAAGUUUGAAUGAUACCGUAAUUACAUGCUUCUUUAUAGGCCCUGAAUAGCUAUGAGUGGAGAGAGGGUCAGAUAUAUUUUCAUCAUAAAAAAACAAAGCCGAGAAGGAUUUUGGAGGGAUGGAUGUAAUCACACUGAUAAAGUCUAUACUAACCAAUAUGCACUAUCAUCUACCCUUUCCAAAGCUACUGGCCAUUCUCAAUGACCUUUCUAGUAUAUACUUACUAGCCACUUAUGUUGGCAUGAGAAUGAUACACAUACCGGUAUUAGGGUUCAUAAUGAAAUGUACCCGUACUCUCGCUUUCUCGAUGGUUUUCCCUUUAUUAGUUUGUACAUUUUGUGAUCAUGCCUUCUUGUUCAGUUUUAUAUGGAAAGUAGAUUAUUGUGCCUUCUUUUAUUCCUAUUUAAUUUGAUUGAUUUGGUUCCUUUUGAUUAAUACACACAGGCCCUCAUAAGGUAGUCUGUGUGUCAUACUUUUUCAGAUAUAAUCAUACCUAUAGACAAUCCUAAAUGGGCUGCCACAUCUGAAAAAUUCAACCAGCAUAUACAUGUACCGACGUAUCAUAGCAGGUUAUUUUAUCAUUCUUCCUGAUAUCAAGGAUUGUCAUUUGUUAACAAGACCAAACACAUUAUUUUGCACCCAAAACAAAAUUAUCAAGAAAACACCUUGCCAUACAUCGAUGGCAUAUGCUAGCUAAAUUGCCCAUGUGUGAAUGUUCUUCACUAGAGAAAAUCAGAUAUAGCCAUACUGUAUAAGCUGAAAUUUUCGUGGUGGUUCAAUUUUCGCUAAUUUCAUGAUCGUGUCCUUGCUAAAAAUUUCCAGUCAGCAAAAUGCAAAUAUGUUUAAGUACAGAAACAAUUCAGAACAUGAAAAUAAUGACUCGCUAAUAUGUCGAAACUAGUCCCAAAUCGCUAAAAUAUGUGUACGCUAAAAUAUUGGCCUAUACAGUACUUGAUAAGGAUAUCACAUACAAUUUUCAUAGGUAAUAUCAAUGAUAAUAAUAAUAGUAUUUGAAGGGGCAUUUGUAUGGAUUUUUUAAACUUGGGGGUGGGCAAAGAAAUUAGGAUCAAUGUAUCAAAUUAAUAGAAUUUUGUGGUAUACUAGUAUACGACAUUCUCAUGUCCUAAGCUAUGUGUCCCAUAUUUCUCAUGUCGACAGAUUGAGUGGAUAAUGCUCUAUUUCAUGGCUUCUUGCAAAUAUUUAUGACUGUAUAGCCCUGUAGUUUGCAGUGCAAUUAUUCUUUCUUGCAACGUUGUGUUUCUUUAGUAUGUCUGCUAUUGCGUGUAGAGGUGCAAUUUUACUUAUUUGGCUGAUUAUGAGUGGCUAAUGAUGGAAUCAUAGGUAUUCCAUGAGAUGCUAUAUGGUGUAUUAAAUUCAGUUUGAAUUGUAGAACUUAGUUCAUGCAAUUACUUUCUAACCCUGCACUGCCUCCUUUAUAUAAUGAAACAUUGUAAGGUUACAUAUUAGGUCAUAUUUUAGAUAGAUAUAGCAUUUUGAUACUAAUUAAUUUGAUGAGCCUUCUUGACAUUGCAAACUUACUAAUGCACAAGGAAAAAUGAUCACACCACUAAAUCAUAUACAAUUUUUGUUUUUAAUGCAAAAUUGAUAUUUAAAGAUGAGGAUGAAACAAUUGUAGUUUAGAAGAUAAAAUUGCACUUAAGUGUCAUUUGUUUUCAUUUGCUAUAUUCUCAAUCUACUGUCAUUCAGUCUCAGUUUUAACCAAAAAGAAUUUGAAAGAUGGGCAUCAAUAUUUUGUCAUAUAGAAGCAAUACAAUUGCUAUUGUGCUGCAUUUGUUUUGUUGCUUUUUUUUGUCGUCAUUCGUUUGUUCAUGGGCUUCCAUUAAUUUAUUUUGCUUGCAAAAUGAUCAAGUGUGUUAUUUUCUGAGAAUUAUUUGUAAUCUUGUUAGCCAGGAAAUGCUUUUUUUUUCAUGAUUUCUCUUAAUUAUUGGAAUGAUUGUAUAUCAGAUAUUUUUCUCAUGGUAAAUCUCCAGAGUAGAAAAAUGUACCCUUUUCACUCUUCAUUUUCUAGACUUAUCUUAUUCUAUUGUAUCUUAAUUUCUUAUGUUAGCCUUUCAUUUACAUCUUUGAAAUAUCAAUUAUUCCCUUGAUAUAAUUUGAUAAAUGUCCCUCAUCCCUGUCCCCUCCUCUGUCUUUCCCUCACUCCCUCUAUCUCUCCACUUUGCUAAUCUACAAACCUUUGGCGUUUCAGACAAUUCUAUUAUUGCCUAUCCUUUUGGUAUGGUUUUGAUCAGUAGACAUUCUCCUAGUUUGACAAUCUUUUGAGUAAUAUUUUUUGUUAAUUUGAAUGAAAUAUCUAUUUAAGGUCAGUGAUGCAACCAAACUUGUGUGUAUAUUUGUUUCAGAUUAUACAUAUUCAUUCAUCUUCUAUCAUUUUUGGUACAUUGAAGUUAUCAUUUUACAUACGUUUGACAUGAUUUGUCUUUCUAUCUCUCUUCUCUUUUUCCUCUUCCUCUCUCUCUCUCUCUUACUUUGUGAUGAAUACUGAUUUGGCUUUCUACUUGCUAUGUGACAUUCCAUCAUUUUUUUUCCUUCUGUUUUUUGUGUUAUUAGAUUCAAUUUAGUCUCAGUUUGUUUCCUUUUUUCUCAGCAGUCUUGUGCAUCUUAAUAGUCAAAGAGUAAUAUAUGUGGUUCAAAACAUAUGCACAUUUUUACCUGUAUCUCCGUAAAGAUAUUGAAUGUUGUAAAGUGGCGAUGUGAUGUUGUUUGUGGUAUUAUCUUUUUUUUUAAUAUUGAUGUUUCAUAACCUCGUACAAAUUCAUCAAUGAAGUCUGUAUAUAGUGCUGUACAUAAUAUAUUAAUUUGUACAUAGUAUAGUGUCGAAUUUGUGUUUGGUACUAUAAAAACUUGAAUUGAAUUUACUUGCUGGUGUACAGAUGAAUGUAUUUAAGGCCUUGUAUAGUCCUAGAUAAAGGGAAAAGCAAAAACUUGCUGAAAUUCAUAUUAAAAUUAACAACACCAUUGAAAGGUUUUAAACAAGAGUUUAUAUUGCCUAUUUGCCUUUAGCGUAGAUUAUUUUAUCAAAUAUAUUUAGAGUUGAUUUAUGGAGAAAAUAUGAUUUGAGAUUCUGCAUAUGAGCGAUUUAUUUUUUUCUUUGAGAUUCCAUUAAGUUGGAUAUAUUGAUUUUUAUGUACAUGUCUAUGUUAGCCUUAGACAGGCUGGUCAAUAUUUGUAUUUUGAAAUUCUUUUCACUUGAGAUUUUGGUGAUAUGUAAUAUGAACAAAAUGAAUACCAUUUUAGAAUCAAGUUUAGAUUAGGAAUCAGAAUGUUCAUGGUUGUAGCAAUUUACCUGGUAAACUAUGGUAGUUUCAAAUUGCCUAGAAAACUAGAUCAUAAUUGGGGAAUGAUAGUGAUAUUGAAGACAUAACAAUUUGAAGUAGCAGUGAAUUCUAGAAAUUAAAGGUUUUAAACAAUUAUGAUUUCAUGUAAUACCCUAAGACAAUAGAAAGUGGGGAUGUGACAUCAUAAGCCCAUCUAAUGAAUAUUCAUGACGACUUACAUUUAACUUCAAAAUAUAUUGCUUAACUUAAAACUUCAAUAACUUUGCCAUUUGUUGUAAGAUUUUGAUGAAAUUUUCAGCAUUUUUCUCUGAUAAUUUUACUCUAUUUAUUUAGAUACAAAUAUUUUCAGUGCCAAUAAUCCCUAUUAUGCAUAGCUAGACAUGCAUUUUCUUAUCAAAUUAAGCAUUGUUUUAAUAUCUUAUCUAAUGCUUGAUUUAAAGAAUGCAAUUUGUGUCAAUGCAAAAGUUAUUUGAUAUAGCAUGCCAAUUAUUUGUGACAUUAAUUCACCCAUAGAGAAAUAGGUCAGUUUCAUCCUAUCUUCUAAAGAAUGUUGAAUCCUGAAAAUGUAGAAGUGGUGUCAAUUAUGGACUAUUCAAAGUGUGGAUAGAUAUUUAUGUAAUAUAAUUUAAAAAAUGCAAUGAUAACAAUGAGCUGUAUUCACUUCAAAUAAGGUUACAGUUUGAUUUAUAUCAAAUUCCAUUAAGAGAUAAAUGUUCAUGUUCGUGAAGGAUUGAUUUGUCUGAUUUAAUACACACAAGUUCGUUUAAUCUUGUCCGAUGAAGUGAAUCUUUUAUAUAACACGCUGCCAAAAUGCUUGUAUGAAAAUGAAUUGAUUUUUCAUACAUCUGAUUAAAAUAGAGCUAUCUUGUUGUGUUUUGUCUUUCUCAAAAAUGAUUAUGCUCAAGUUACAAUACUACAUGCGUAAAUACAAUGCCAUGUUUUUCCAGAAAUAAAUGGAUGUCCGAGUGUUCAGGAAAUGACAGAUAAUGUGCUUAUUGAUGUUAAAGAUUUUAAUUGUCAUUUCUUUGUUUGUAAAAAGUCCCACUUGUUGUGUGCAUACAAUGUAUAAUUAUUGUAAACAAAAUGGCUGGAUACAUGUGUGCAGCAUUAAAGUAUGGAAAACAACUAU